AUGUUGCUGACAAAUUUAUUGGGCACAGACACGGUCCACAAAGACACUGGAGCUGCCACUACGAGCUAUGCAAGCCGCGUCUGGCGGACUUCAAGAGAGCUUGCUGAUGUUAUCCCGUUGUGCGGGGGUCCUCGGCCUAUCUCACUGUCGGCAGUCCUGCUGUCGAGGAAGGAGCUGCUGCGGAGGCGAUGCCUGGUCUGUCUCUACCUGUUGUUCCUCCGGCACGCGCGCACCUCUGCCCGAGCUGCUGCCAACCCGCUCACGACGCCCCACCUCUACGACCUGACUGCUUGCUGA